AUGAGUCCUGGUUUGCUAAAAUGUGAACUCCCAGAGAGGUCUAGGUGCNNNGUGUGCGCCGCCGGCAUCCUGCUCUCUCUGUACGCCUACCACGUGGAGCGCGAGAAGGAGCGGGACCCCGAGGCGUGGGCCCUGUGCGACUUGGGGGCCUGGGUGCGCUGCUCCGCCGCUCUCUCGUCCAGAUGGGGUCAAGGAUUUGGUCUUUUGGGGUCCAUCUUUGGAAAGGACAGUGCAAUAAACCAGCCAAACAGUGUUUUUGGACUUACAUUUUAUAUACUACAGCUGUUACUUGGCAUGACGGCCAGUGCAGUGGCAGCUUUAAUCCUCAUGACAUCAUCCAUAGUGUCUGUGUUAGGGUCCCUAUACUUGGCCUACAUUCUGUACUUUGUGCUGAAGGAAAUUUGCAUUCUCUCUUUUGUCACAUACCUGCUGAACUUCAUUCUCCUUAUCGUCAACUACAAACGACUCGUUUACUUGAACGAAGCCUGGAAACGGCAGCUGCAGGUGAAACAGCACUGACCCAGCCUGGCGAGCUCUGAACGGACUGUCUGGAGACCCUUUGUCCAUUCGGUUUAUUUUGCAGUAAUUUUUUUUAUUCUUCAUAUCAGACACUUUCCCUAAGAAUCUUCAACUGAUUUUUAAAAAAUCCUAUCAAUUAGAAGGGGCCCUAUCUAUUUUCUGUGUCAAUCUUCCGUUUAAAUAUGGAAACAAAAGAGGAUACUCCGAGCCAAUCAAAGACAAGCUUUAACUUUCCUUUGAAGAUGUUUCUGAAAUAACAAAGUAUAGUUUUUUUUCUCCCCAAUCCCCUAUUGUCAAGUGAAGCAACAGUUGCUAGUAAUUCUCUUACAUGUAUAAAUUCAGUUUCAGGUAUUAAAAAUGUGAUCAUGACAUGAAAAUAUUUUAGAAUAGAGAUACUGUAUUAAAUAUUGCCAUGUUUACAGUAUGUAAUACAUUUUUAGCCGAUGGAUUGAAACAUGUAGAUUCAACUAGAAUCCAUUUAUGUGAUAUUGUCAAUAAAGGUAGAAAUAUUGGAUCCAUCCCUGCAGAGCUCACUCUACAGUUUAGUUUAAAGUGUAGCAAUGAAGAAUUUUCAGCUCAUAGUUGACUAACGAAAUAGUGGAAGGAGUCAGGAAGCCCAGCCACGUAGGUAGCGUCUCAACAAAAGCACUAGUAGCUGUGGCUGCAGGGUUAAUUAGCCAGCACUUGGACCCUAGGGGUGUUGGGCCCCUUCCCUGCACCUCUUCUUUAAGGAAGAAACUGAAGUUGAAAGAAGGCCCCAGUCAAGCUUGUAUGAAGUCACGAAAUGGGACCGAUUGUUACCUACACAGGAUGAGUGACAGAACUUGGCCACAAGGAAGGUGUCUCUGGGACAUGAAAGAUGGCAAGGGGAGUGGGGAGGCAUAGCUCCUUUAAGAAAGGUCGAAGAUAUUAACUUCUUAGGGGUCCUUAGGGGCUUCAUUUCUUCCAAAAGUUGAGUUUUCCUGCAGACAUUUUUCAUUUGAAUUGGUGCCAGACAGCCAAGCAGUGUUAUGACUCACUGGUGACAGGUAUAUGAGUACGCCCAAGGACUGCAGAGGAGAAUGACAGAGGAGAAGCCCAUGUGGCUUCAGAGUGAUUUCCCAAGUGGCUGAGUUCUGCACUAACUAAAGAGCCCUAGAGUUGAUCUGGUUUAGAAUCUCAGAUUUGUGCUAUAUUUAGAAGUGAACUUUCGGCUUGACACCCUGCACUUCACAGGAGACUCAGUCUACUUAGUAGGGAAAAGAAAGUUCUGUAGGUAAUGAAGGGAGGGAGGCUUCAGGAGUGCUGGCAUGGCUCCUAGAGGAGUCAUGAAAAAGUGCAGGGUGAAGAAGUUUUUAAAAAGCUGAUUUGAAUAAAUCCAAUGGAAAUUGUGACAGUGUGUUUCUAUGGUCAACAUCCUAAAACAAUAUUAAAAGUGCCUUCUGUCUUCAAUCCUUAAA